AUGGCCAUUCGAGUCUAUAAACCAACCAGCGCCGGGCGACGCAACGCGUCGGUGAACCUCAAUGAGGCAGUCACCAAGAAGACCCCUGAGAAGUCGCUGCUCAAGCCAUUGUCCAAGAAGGGUGGUCGCAACCACCAGGGCAAGAUCACUGUUCGCGGUCGUGGUGGGGGUGCCAAGCGCAUGUACCGCCAGAUUGAUUUCGCUCGUCGUGAUCGUGAUGGGAUUGUCGGGACUGUGAAGGGGAUCGAGUAUGAUCCGAAUCGCAGCUGCCACAUCGCGCUCAUUGAGUACGCGGACGGCGUUAAGCGUUACAUCCUCGCUCCGAACAAGCUUACAGACGGCGAUACCGUUGAGAGCUCGUCCACCGAAGCGAUCGAGCCGAGCAUCGGCGCCUGCAUGCAGCUCAAGCACAUCCCAUCUGGUAUGAAUGUGCACUGCAUCGAGCUCCGACCAGGUGGUGGCGGCAAACUCUGCCGUAGCGCUGGUAUGUCUGCUCGCUUGACCAACAAGGAAGAAAAGUACGCGACGAUCGUCAUGCCUUCGGGUGAGACCCGUCGCGUUCCUAUUGAGUGCCGAGCAACAAUCGGUGUUGUUGGAAACUCGGAUCACCAGAACCGUCGUCUCGGUAAAGCUGGUAUCUCUCGUCACCUCGGUCGUCGUCCGAAGACUCGUGGUGUGGCGAUGAGUCACCACGCUCACCCACUUGGUGGUGGUGAUGGUCGCAGUAAGGGUGGUCGUGCACCUGUGAGCAAGUCAGGUACUUUCUCCAAGGGUGGCGGUACUCGUAAUCGGAACAAGCCGUCGCAGGAUCUCAUCAUCCGUCGUCGUAAGAGCAAGCGCCCAUAUGUCGAUGAGAAGCUCUACCGAAAGGUGGAGAAGCUCGAAGCUGCCGGCGAGAAGAAGCCCAUCAAGACUUGGGCUCGUGCAUGCACGGUGGUUCCGGAGUUCAUCGGACACACAUUCCAGGUCCACAACGGACGCUCGUUCAUCGAUGUGUUCGUGACUGAGGACAUGGUCGGGCACAAGCUGGGUGAGUUCUCCAACACGCGUACCUUCCGUGGUCACACGAACAAGAAGGAAGGGCUCAAGGAUAAAGCCAUGAAACUUAGAUCAGACGAACUCAAGAAACGCGCAGCACAGGUCGGCGUGACCGAAGAGCAGCUUGUUCAAGCAGUCUCCGGUCAAUCGCUGAGCGAGAAGGCCGCGGGAUCAGCAGUCAAGAACUGGCUCGCAGGUCGUGACCAUCCACGCUGCCGUCGUGCAGAUAUCGAAGCGAUGGCAACCGCUGUUGGUUGUCUUCCAAAGGACAUCUCAAAGUUCACUUCUCAGGUCCGCAACCAUCGCGGGAGCCAGAAGAAGGCAAAGCUUGUUGUGGACAUGAUCCGUGGCAAGUCGAUCGAUGAAGCGACCCAGAUGCUCCAGUUCUCGACCAAGCGUGCUUCGGUCAACAUCGGCAAAGCACUCCUCGCUGCACAAGCGGAUGCUGAGCAACUCGGUGCUGACACGGGCGAGCUCUUCGUGAGCGAAGCAACCGUGGAUCGUGCAACCCACAUCAAGCGUCAUCCAUUCGGACUUCGACUCGGUGUUACGGAAGCCCACCGCUCACGCUGGUAUGCUCCGAAAGCUCUCUACGGCGAGCUCCUCGUCGAAGACGAGAAGAUCCGUCAGUACCUCAACAAGCGUCUGAACCAGACUCCGCCGAGCGCGUCUGUUUCGGACAUCCACAUCGAGCGUACUCGCGAAGAACUGAAGAUCAUCGUUCGGACCGCUCGUCCAGGCAUCGUGAUUGGUCCUAAGGGAUCUGAGAUUGAUCGUAUGACCGAAGAGCUCCGUUACAUGACUGGUCGUAAGGUUGCGAUCUCUGUUGUGGAGAUCCGUGAGCCUGACCUUGAAGCGCAGCUUGUCGCAGACGGUGUUGCUGAGCAGCUCAAGAAGCGUAUGGGAUUCCGCCGCGUCCUCAAGAUGCGUGCUGAGAAUGUCAUGAACGCUGGUGCUCAGGGUGUGAAGAUCCAGGUCGCUGGUCGUCUUGGUGGUGCGGAAAUGAGCCGUCGUCUUGAUGUGCGUCUUGGAUCACUUCCGCUGUCGACGCUUCAAGCGAAUAUCAACUACGGCUUCUCCGAGAGCCACACUACUUACGGUGUUCUGGGCGUCAAAGUCUGGAUCUACAAGGGUGUGUACUCGACUCAGGAAGAAGAAAAUCAAUCUAACGCGGCAGGUGCCCGCGCUCGUGCUCGAGCGACCAAGGGUAACUAUGUUGCUUUCGGCGAGUUCGGUCUUCAGGCGCUCGAGGGCUGCUGGCUCAAGAGCAACUGUAUCGAAGCGGGUCGUGUGACAUGUCAGCACUUCCUCAAGCGUGAGGGCAAGCUGUUCAUCCGUGUGUUCCCGGACAAGCCGAUCUCCAAGAAGCCACUCGAAACUCGUAUGGGUAAGGGUAAGGCGGAUGUGGAUUACUGGGCGGCACGCGUUCGUCCCGGCACGAUCCUCUACGAACUUGCAGGUGUCAGUGAAGUUCGCGCCAAGGGGGCAUUUGCCCGUGUCGCGAUGAAGAUGCCGAUCAAGCAUAAGGGGCUGAUGAUGACUGGUGCAGAAGUAAAAGCAUUGAAAGACGAAGAGAUCGUGGUCGAGCUUGGCCGUCUCCGCAGUUCGCUGAUGGCGAUGCGGAACAAGAGCGUGACCGAGAAGAUCGAAGACACCUCGCAGUUUGGCAAAAUCCCAGACCGCGCGGAACAACAAAGACUCCUGAGGAUGACCAUGAGCGAUACCGAAAUCAAAGGUGCAAAGAUUGGCGUGGUGGAGACCGACACUCGGGACAAGUCCCGCAAAGUGGUGAUCCAUUACAAAGCCCCGCACCCAAAGUAUGGCAAGUUCGUGAGCAAACGCACUGUGAUGCAUGUUCAUGAUGAAAACAAUGAGUCGCAUACAGGCGACGUGGUCGAGAUCGGCAAAAUGCUCCAGCAAGAAUCCAGAUGUGAAGUCGCGGACAACUCAGGCGCCAAAGUCGCUUAUGUUAUCCGUGUGUACGGCGGAUCCACGCGUCGCGACGGUCAGACCCGUCGUCAAGCGUUCAUCGGCGACAAGGUCCUCGUGAGUGUCAAGAAAGCACUCCCAGGGUCAGAGGUGAAGACUGGUGAAAAGUACAAGGCAGUCCUUGUCCGCACCGCGAAGCCAACCCGCCGUAAGGAUGGUUCGUAUGUGAAGUUCGAUUCGACCGCGGUCGUCCUCAUCAAUGAUGACGGCAACCCGAAGGGCACCCGCAUCUUCGGCCCGGUCGCUCGUGAACUCCGCGAACGCAACUACAUGAAGAUUGUGUCCCUCGCACCGGAGGGUCAGACCGGAGAGGUCAUCAAGAUCCUCAACAAGACGGACAAGGUCAUCGUCAAAGGUGUCAAUGUCAAGACCCGGCAUGUGCGUCCGACCCAGAUCAACCCAAAGGGUGGAGUGGUCAAUAAGGAAAUGCCUCUGCACAUCUCUAAUGUGAGUCCUGUGGUUGAUGGCAAACCAACACGCGUGCGUUUCGAGACUCAGAAGGACGGCUCAAAGAAUCGCGUAGCGGUCCGUAACGGCAAGUCACUCGGUCAGGUCAGCGGUCCUAACUCGUAA